GUUGUAUCUUCAUGGGAUUUUGAUUUCGUAAACACUGAUAAGGAGACCCUUUACGAACUAAUCGAGGCGUCAAAUUAUCUUGAUAUUAAACCUCUUCUUGAUUUGACAUGCGGAAAAAUAGCUUCAAUGAUGAAAGAUAAAACUACCGAAGAAAUUCGGGCGGAGUUUGAUAUUGUUAACGAUUUUACAAGAGAAGAAGAAAAACAAAUACGCGAAGAGAACAGGUGGUGUGGAGAUAUUUAA